UCCCGACGAUCCGCUGCUGUGUUUAUCUUCUCCAUUGCUGAAUCACAUCUCCCGUGGAUAGCUCUUCAUUGGAGUAAGUAUGCUAGCAAAAAGCACUUUGGUGACCUAAAACAGAAAGUUUUCGUUUUUAUGCUGUGUAUUCAUCAAUACCGAGUGGCAGAUCACACUAAUCUUGAGUAACAUUUUCCCAAUGGCAUUGUGUUUCCGCCACUCCCGCCGCAUGAUGUCCACAUUGUCCCAUUUCCGUUCAGUUUCUUCAUUCUCUUCCUCAACUUUUGAUCCCAAAGAAGUUGUAGCAGAAACCAUGACAAAACCUUCACUUCCUUCACUUGAAUCUUCUAGUGAUGCUGAUUUGAUUUCUCAGAUACUUAUCCAGCACCAUAAUCCGUUCCAUUCCAUGGAAUCAUCUCUGCAGCUUAAUGGCAUUAAGCUUACCCCAAAUCUCGUCCACCAAACCCUAAUUCGUCUCAAAAACAUCUCCAAGAUCGCCUUAGCUUUUUUCUCUUGGGGUAAAGAGCAAGCUCAAUACUCUCAUGACCCCCCUGCAUGCAACCUCAUGAUCGACAUAUUGGGUAAAGUCCGACAAUUUGAUGUGGCUUGGCAAUUAAUCACCGAAAUGGACCAAAACGGAACAGGGAAAUCCCUAUCAACCGUUAUGAAUGAAGACAAACUCCCAACCGCUGAGCAAUGUGAAAUUAGUGCCUCUCUUGGUGAACCUGCGAGUUCCAUUGUGGAUGACUUAGCUUCCCGAAAUGCAGAGGGCAUGCAUCAGAAAGUUAAAAUUCAUGGACGACGGAGGCUCUGCAAAGUUGUGGCGAGAGAUGAUGAAGAGGAAGAUGACAAAUUUCAUGAUGUUGAAUCAGAUUUCUCAGCARUGGUUUCUGAAUUUGACUCACCCAGUCCUGUGAAGAAUACWGGGGGCAAUCWUGAUAGUGGUGAUGAAAUCAGAGAUAUUCUAAGCAAUUUAAGUUCAUGGCUUCAGUGUCUAUCAAUUGAAAAGAGAGGACGCCCCGUCAAACAACUUCCAAGUUCUUCUAAUUCCGUUAUUAAAGAAAAGUUGGAUCAACAGAAACCUGUUGAAACUUCUGAAUUUUUAGAUGUUGAAAAUACAUCAUUUUCUGUCUCAUCUAACCGGUCUGAUUCAUCGGCAAAGGCAAUUCCCGCUUCUAUGGUUGGGCAUAGUGCUGGUAUGAUGCCAAACGGUCUUAUAAAAAAUAAUGUCUGCCCACCAAGCAGAAAAGAGAAUGUUAAUGGUGAAUAUGUAAAGGAUCAAGUAGGAAAGGUUGUAUCUACUGAAAGUUUUGUUUGUCCUCGGAAAAAUGAGGAUGACGACGAAGACGAUUGUGURGUUACAAGUGGCCACAAAUUUYUUCAAAAAGGGGAGAGUAGGCAUGGAAAGUUAUCUCCGAAAUCUGAUGGUUCUAACAAGRUUCACAUGUUGAAUGAUGAAACARACGAUUCUACUUCAGGAAAAGAAAUACCAUUUUCUCUUAGUAACCCAAAAUUCAGUUUUAYAUUACCUAGUAAGAUUGCAAACAUGUUAUACCCUCAUCAGCGUGAAGGUUUGAAGUGGCUUUGGUCCCUUCAUUGUAGAGGGAAGGGUGGUAUUUUGGGGGAUGACAUGGGCGUAGGGAAGACCAUGCAGAUUUGUGGCUUUUUGGCUGGGCUAUUCCACUCAAAUUUGAUAAAGAGGGUAUUGGUUGUUGCUCCCAAGACGCUAUUACCUCAUUGGAUGAAAGAACUAGGCGUGGUUGGUCUUUYGCAAAAGACAAGAGACUCUGUGUUAACCUUUGACAUUGCAUGUAUUCAUGCUCGUGUUACUGCAACCUCGAAUGUGCUAAUUGUUGAAGUCUCAGUCGUGGCUACUGAAUGGUCUUUAGUACGGACCAUUAACCAUACAUCUAACUUAAUGCAGGAUUUAAGAACAUGCAUUCAGCCCUAUUUUCUUCGACGCCUAAAAAGUGAGGUGUUUCGUGAUGACGAUGCUACAAAUACUGCCAAGCUUUCUAAAAAGAAUGAGAUGAUUGUGUGGUUAAGAUUGUCUGCUUGCCAGCGUCAACUAUACGAAGCCUUUUUGAAUAGUGAGAUUGUUCUUUCAGCCUUUGAUGGUUCACCUUUGGCUGCUCUCACGAUAUUGAAAAAGAUAUGUGAUCAUCCACUUCUGUUAACAAAGAGAGCCGCUGAAGAUGUAUUAGAAGGAAUAGAAUCAGUGCUAAAUCAGGAGGAUCAUGGGGUUGCUGAAAGAUUGGCAAUGCACAUAGCAGAUGUGGCUGAUAGAUAUGACAUUGGAGAAAAUCAUGACAUUCUCUCAUGCAAGAUCUCCUUUAUUGUAUCAUUGCUGGAUGAUCUGAUUCCAAAGGGUCAUAAUGUUCUUAUCUUUUCCCAGACCCGCAAAAUGCUUAAUCUUAUUCAGGAUACUCUUACUGCCAGAGGCUACAAGUUAUUGCGGAUAGAUGGUACUACCAAAGCUACCGACAGAUUAAAGAUAGUCAACGAUUUUCAAGAGGGUGUUGGAGCUCCARUAUUUCUUUUGACUUCUCAAGUUGGUGGUCUGGGACUUACCCUUACGAAGGCAGAUCGUGUCAUUGUGGUUGAUCCAGCUUGGAACCCGAGCACUGAUAAUCAAAGCGUUGAUCGUGCAUAUCGUAUUGGACAGAAGAAGGAUGUUAUUGUGUACCGUUUGAUGACUUGUGGUACUGUGGAAGAAAAGAUAUAUAGAAAGCAGAUAUACAAAGGGGGCUUAUUCAGAAGUGCUACAGAACACAAAGAGCAAAUUCGCUAUUUUAGUCAACAGGAUCUUAGGGAGCUUUUCAGUAUCCCCAAACAGGGUUUUGAUGUUUCUCCAACUCAACAACAGUUGCUUGAAGAGCAUGAUCGUGAACACAAAAUGGAUCCAUCUCUUAAAGUGCACACAAAGUUUUUGGAAUCUCUUGGUAUAGCUGGUAUUAGUCACCACAGUUUGCUCUUCUCCAAGACGGCUCCAGUGCCAGUUGUACAAGAUGAUGAACUAACGAGGAUUAGGCAAUCAACAUUCGUGGGUAAUUCGUCUUCACGCUCCUCACAUGAACAAAAUGUGGAUGCUGCUCAAUAUGCUUUCAACCCAAAGGAUGUUGUUGUGCAAAGGAAGAAUCUUUCUCCAAGUAUUUCCAGCAAACUAACAGAUUUCUUCUGUAUUCAGAUCCCGUUCGGUUCGUCGAAUUACCCACCGUAUUUGAAUUAUUCCCUGAAUUAUUACUACGAAGAUACUCCUAUUACCGGCAAACGUAGCUACCGAUUUCUUCGAUCCAGACAUCGACCUUUCUUUUGCAAUUACAACAUUCUUCACUUCAAUUUUUAUUGCUAAUUCCAUUGCUUCCUCCAACGUUACUGGACUUAAGAGACGUACCUCCGACUUAAUUGAAUUUUCCAAACCGUUUAUGAAUUGACUCAUAAACACUUCCUCUGGAAUUCCUUCUAAUGGUGCAGCCAACUCCACGAAUUUCAUCUUAAAUUCCUCCACCGUACCUUCUUGUUUAACAGCCAGAAAUUGUUCGCAUAAAGUUCCUGCCGCCAUUGAUCGGAAU